GUCUUCUUUGUCGCGGUGGACGUCGUCAUGAACAAUUGGGAAGUAAUCAACUACAUCGGAAACGCCAACUACCUCCUCACGCCGUUGCUUAACACGGGAACCCCUGACCAACUCGCUCGAUCGUUCUCGUUCUCCACUCGCGCCAACUUGGAGUCUCUCUCGCAGGUUGGCCGAUUCAUGGUGAGCUUCGUCUUGAACUCGUCCUACACUCGCGAUCCGACGGAAUACAUCCUCACGGCGGGAGUACACCGCAUCCACACCGACACGAAAAACGUUUGCGGCGCCCUCGUCGAGAGUUACCCGUUGCCGUCCCGGAACACGACCUCGAUGAAACUCGCGGUCGUCCACAACCGCAUGCAGCUCAUUCGAGGCAACACGCUCGACAACUUAUUCCGCGCCGCAAACGCCCCGCCGCCGCCGCCGCAUGCCAACUACACGACUCUGGCCUACCUUGGGUACAUUCCCGCACGGAUGGACGUCGACAUGCGGUUGACAACGCCAGUCCGGAUUCCGCCGGUUGGCGAGUCGGUCGUCGCGAACAUCUCCAUGUAUCGGUUUGCGUCGCGAUCGUUCUGCAGUGGCUGCGACCCCAUCGUUGAGCUCGGGCUGGACACGUGCAACGCAAUGUACCACGUGGACGAGGCGUCGCAAGCCCUCGUCGUGACGUCGAGCGCGGCGUAUCGGGGCGAGUAUCAUUACUUGGGCGUGAUCCUGUCGCGAUCCGCAGGGACGGCCGCCUCCCUCUACCUCCGAGGCGUCGCGCUCGUAAUUGCCGUCGUCGGGUUUACCACGAGCAAAAAGACGACGAGAUGGACCGUGGCCGCAUCGAUGGGGACGACGUGGAAGCGCAUCGCACACACGCUCGCGCCGCCGCUGUACCGAUACAACAGCCACACAUUCACGUUCUCCAACUUUUGCCUCAACAGCGACUACUUUGUCGUGGCGUACGUGGUUGCUGUCGUCUUGGAUGAGAAGAACUCGAUGGUGUACUCGCGCAUUAUGUACGAGUGGAAUGGCGAGGGCCAAAACCCAUGGAUGCAGGUCCAGAUCAUGGCGAUUCAGUUUCGGUGGCUCUGGAUCAACUGCCUCCUCGUCAAGGCCGCCAAGGUGUUUGUGAACUUUGUCAGCAUGGCGCGGUACACCGGGUCGAAUGCGGUCGUCGGGUUCUUGAACUUUAGUUCUGUCACGUACAUCUACCUCGGCACGAUCUUCCUCAUGCAGCGGACGCCUUACAUUGAGUACGGCAACACGGACCGGGCGGCGCUCGAGUCGACGGCGGCCAACUUGGACGGGAUUCGGAUCGACGUGUUCGACUCGUGGUACAUUCGGUCGUUCCCGAGCAUGAUGGUUGUGAUGGUGGUCAACUUGAUGGGGAUGCUGGCCCUGGACCGCGUGCUCAACCGCCACAAGUGGCGCCGCCUUGCGCGCAACUCGCUCGGCCGCCAAGCCAUGUUCAACUCGUCGUCGAUCUUGUGCGAGAUGUGCUACGCGUUCCACGAAGUGGCCGGGUACGAGAACCAGGCGGUCAUCAUUCAGACGAGGGCGCUGUGCACCGUACAGUGGUUCCUCAUGUGCCACACGUUGUGCUUUGGGCUGCCGGAGAGCCCCAUGCGCGUCCGUGCGAUGCUGACCUCAGACGGCGGUGGACGCGGUAAACGGUCCAACUUGGCCACCACGAUCAAGGUCGCGACGCAUCGGGCGUUUGCGGCUGGCCAGGCCAUAGCGUUCAAGUCGAAAGGGAGCAGCUACGGCAUUGAAGACCGCUCCAUCCAGCCUACCGAGUCGGACAGCGGCGGCGCAUCGACCACGAGGGCGAUGAGCGACCUGUGCAUGGUCGCUCAAGACGGCGACGGGAUCAUUCAUUUGUAUGACGCGAGGAAGCUGGAGGUGAAUGCGAUGGCUUUCGAGGUCAAGAUCAUGAGCGAUUCGCGGUUCACGAUUGCAUAGUGCCUGCAUCGCACACGAUAAGUCACAACGAGGAUGGUCUUGUAAUCGGG